GGUAAGUUGAGAUCAAGAUGAAAUUAACGAUAUCUUCGUCAUUAUUUUUGUCUUCUUGUAAUCUUGACAUUUGGAGGCUAAUGACACGUAAUACUAAACUAGUACAAAUUUAUCUAGAUCAUGCCGAGUUAAAAAAUGACUGAUUUAGAUGACCUAUAUGAGUAUGUUUUCCGAAUGUCCCAUAUGUCUCUAAGAAAGUCUCCUGUAAAGAAGAAUUUAACAUUUUUCAAGCCUUGCCAAGAAGUGACUUCAGAAAGAAACACAGAUGAAAACAGUGUAGACAUUUAUAGUGACCUAUCUUUAGAUUGUGUUUAUCAAGAGAACUAUUCCAGUCCUUUAAAAUUAAACAUACACAAUUUUGAUGAAAAGAGUGACCAAGAGCUGAAAAAAUUACGCUUAGAAAAUGAAAGAUUAAUAGCAGAAAAUAAAAAACUUGAGGCUGUAAAAAUCCAACUUACUCAGAAUAUUUCUUCCCUGUUUGCGACUUCCAAGAAACAGCUUCAAACCAAAGAAAAGGAAAUAAAUGAGCUCAGAAAAAUUAUUGACAUGAAGCAAGGCUCCUAUUCUGAUAAAAUUGGUCACCAGGACCAUUUUAGAGACACUACUGUUGAAUUCAGAAAUGAAGACGAGAAAUCUGAGACAGAUAGUAAAAUUAAAAGUGCUUCUGAUAAAACCAGACAUUGCCAAUCAUUAAAAUAUGAAAAGGCCAGCAGAAACAAACUAGAAACCUCAGUUGUACCUGCGCCACACAAUGACAAAUUGAUAAGUUUAAACUGUUUAACUAAAUCACCCUUUAAGGAUGGUAUUCAAAUGUCUAGCAGAUCUACAGUUGACAGAUUUUCAAAACUAUAUGAAAGUUUUGAUCUACGAAAAAAAAUAUUGUUUAAGCAUCUGAAGAAUGAGCAGAAUGAAAGUAAAUCCUCCAAUGAAAAGGAGGACUCAUAUUGCAUCCAUUCUAGUCAACGGAAGUUAAUCGAAAACACCAAAACUCUAGCUGUAGAAAAUUGUCAUCUUGUUGGGCAGCAAUCUAUUUCUCAUGACACGAAACAUUUGAGCGAACAAACAGCCAAAACACAAAGGAAUGUUUUCAAACUAAUAAAUAUGCCUAAAGAAAAUUCAAUGCUUCAAAAGCAAACUGAUAAGUCUAAAGAAAAUGUAAACUUGAUCAAGCCUAAUACAAUGUUUGUUAAGCAUGGGGAAAAAAAAACUUUGAAACAAAAACAUAUUCCUAUAGAAUAUAUAAAAAUAGUUAAGAAGCAAGCCAAGCUCAAAAAGAGGGUAACACCUACUCUGGAACAAAAUACUGAUAGAAAUGAGCAAUCAAUUAAGCCUAAGGAACAUAUUAAUUUGGAGACACAAAGCAAAGUAGAGAUGACAUUUCACAGAAAGGUUACAGAAAGACUAACAUACUCUACUUCUAACAACCAAGAUAUCAACCAAACAUUUUCUCUCUCUAAAGACAGUUCUAAGCAAGGUAUCAAUACAAAAUAUUCUAUUUCUCAAGGAAUUUUACAGCAAGGUAUUAAUAGAAUAUUUUCUCAUUCUGGAGAAAAGCCUCAAGCUCUCUCCCAAGAAAGUGAACAGCAAGUUAUAAGCCAAACAUAUGAUCCAAUGGAUAGCACAUGCAUUGCAGAUUCUAAAAAAACAUGUUAUUUAGAUUUAAAGGAGUGCACUGUAGUGCUUGCAGAUUGUAAAAAGUUAAUUCAAAGUGAUCAUCAAGAUGAACAGUUUCUUUCUCAAUCCCCUACACAAAGUGAUCAAUCAAUUUCAGAUUUUAAACUAUUUGAGAAAAGCAGGGCAUUAGAUUUGCAAGGAAAAGUAGACCCAGACUCUGUUAAAGUAGCAAGUAGCAAGAUAUGCGUUAGGUCCCAUUCACCUCAAAAAAGCAAGAAGGUUGAUUCCAGUCAGAACUUGACAAAGAAACCUGAAUUAAUGAAACAGAAUACAGAGAGAGCUUUGAGUGCUAAACGGAAAUGUGUGACCUUAAGUACUAUAAAUUCUAAUGAAGAAUAUUCAACACCUGUGAAGAAAUCUAAGUUAAGUGAGAAUAAUGAGAUGACCAAGGAGGUGUUGAGUGAAGCCAUGUCUCAUGACCUAUCUAACACGGACCUAUCUAACAAGGACCAAUCUAACAACACUAUUGUUGGUACCGCAACAUCAAGUAGUUCUUUCACAAACCAAACUUGUUCUUUUCAGAUCAACACAAAUGCAGGUAAUAAAAUUUUUAAAGAUGCUACCCAAGCCCUAAGGGAAAAUGUUAGCCUUGGUCAUAGUAGUUUUUAUUGGAGUGCAUUUCCAAAAGACAAUGUAUUUCUUGCAUCAAUUACAGAGCAGAAAUCUACUUCAUCUUUUACAAAUAUUGAUUCAUUGGGAGAUGAACAUGAUAAUUCCCAAAGGGGAAAAAUUACUCAAAAUCUUAUCAAACCUUAUUGUGCUCAGCAAGAUCAGUUUGCAUCUGACAGUAAAAUAGAACCAGUUCAUAGCAUUAAAAUCAACAAUGAAGAUCUACAACAGAAGCCAAAAAACUCUGAGUCAGAAUCUCUUGCUCAUUUACUCUUUUCAAAGAACUUAAGCAAGAAAUCCAAAGAAAAAUCUGAUGACUUUGAGACACCUGGCAGUAACAGCUCAGUGAGUAUAGACUCGGAUAAGCUAUCUUUGUUAGAAGACGAUUCCUCUAAGAACAGAAAAAGGUCUAAGCUGGAAUCCCCAGCACCAUUUUCUACCAGCAUCCCUCAAACACCAAACAUGAUACUGAAUGAGGAUGAAGAACCUACAUGCACUACCUGUGUUAGUCCUUGUAAACCAUAUGACCUGCCUCCAGAGUUUUACCCACCCGGAGACGGGGCAACACUGCAGGAAAAGGGAUCUCUUGCUCAGCCAAUGUUUGGACUGCCUGAAGUGAUACCUGAGCCUAUAGUACUCUCUUCAUUUCCAACACAAUCUCAUGAUAAAGAACAUGAUUUUCUUCAAAUUGAGAAGGGAGUUAAUAAUGACAAGCAAAGUCUUGAUCUCUGUGAGGCUGUAAUUCAACAAAACAAUGGAACAAUGACAUCAAAGAAAAUGAAGGCACAGCUCGAGCUUCAAUCUGGUGUGGCUUUGGAAAAUAUGAAAGGAAAUGGUCUUAAAUUAUGGACAUCUUUAGUGCAAGAAAAAUUUCACAAAGUCUUUCAUAAAGAGUUGAGCACAUUUAAAGAAUACAAUUAAAACAGAUGUACUAAAGUAUCAGAUUUUAGAGAUGAAAAUUGAAUUAGGCAAAAAUUACAAAAUGUGAGUGUUUUACGCUAAACAACAAACUUAAUAGAGAACAUUCUGUUUUACCAAAAAUUGCUGUCUGUACAAUUUAUCUUAUUUAAGCAUUGUCUUUGUACAUGAGACUUUUGUGCCUCACUGGGCCAGUUACUUUUACCAUCCUCUUUAAUGACUCCUGCUUCAGUAACCUCGACCCUUCUACAACUUCAGUCUUUGGUUUGAAUCAUGCACUUUGUCUUGACUAGCAGCUUUUUCUGUUAUUUUUAUCUGAAUAAUUCUUUUGCUGUUAGGAAAUUUUUUUUUUAAUUAAUUAAGAGAUCCUGAUCUUUAACCAAGUUUAGUAAUUGCAACUCUAACCAUGGUGUCUCUAUAGUAAGAUCUAUAAGUUUCAGGUGAGUUUUUCAAGCAAAACUUUAACCUUUGUGACAGUAACAUUUUUUUUAGAACUUCCCUUCUUGCCUUGACAACUUGCAACUUUAUUUUGAGACUUUUUAUUAUGGCUGACCCUAUUUCUAGGAUUGUGAUUGAUUUUACGUUGACAACUAUCAUCACAACCAGUCACAGACUUCACACUGUUUACUUGAACAGGGAAUAUGUUCACUGCAAAUGAGUCCAGAGGAUUAACUGACUUUAGACAUGAACUAAAAUGGACAUUCACUGUGGGAAUGACAAAUUGUUAAUAAAAUGACUAAAAUAGUUUAGCAUGUACAUGGGAAUUUCUAUAUUUUGUGUGUGUGUUUCUUGAUCUCUAACAUUUUUAGGACGAGCUCUCUUUUCAUAACUUUUACCCCUGUCAAAUGCUUGAUAAAUAUUGUAUUAGUUUAGUCAUUUUUGUCAUUGCUAAAAGCUAGUAAAUAAUUCUGAGAUUAGAGAAUGAUAGUGACACUAAAUUCACAUGCUUGUUACGCUUCAACAUAAACUAAGAGAUAAUUAAACAUGCAACAUUUGAAAUGUUAUAGUAUUUACAUAAGUGAAAAGGGGAGGGUUCAUUAUUUCCUUUACCAUCUCUGUGUCACUGAUUUUACAAUGUAUAUGCCAGCUGAUGGACACAUUUUGCUAUUAUGAAAAAGGUUUUAUUUCAUACAAGUUUAAAUUUCCUUUGAGUGAGUGGUGGCUGUGUGUUUGUAGCAUCCUCCCCUUCUUCAAGUAGUUUUAAAGAAUAGCAUACUUUUGUUUUGCCAAUAUAUUGGACAAAUCCAUUGGUUUUUUUUUUUUGCACACCGUUAUCAGCUAUUAGUUUUGUGUUGCCAACUUUAUUUCUCAAAAACUAGAAAAUGUUUUGAAAAUCGAAAAUCUGUUCUAUUUAGUAGCUCAGCAAAGUUUAGGUGCAGCGGCUACAUUUUAUCUUCUGUUUUGUUUUUAAAAUUAAGUCUUUUUUUUUUUAAUAACAAUACAGUUAUGUUCAAACUAUUUACUUUUAAUAUUUUGAAAUAUAUUAAGAACAGUAGUUUGUUGUUCUUUCCCCAGGUAUAUUUUUAUAACAUGCAGUUUUGCAUACAUUUUGUUGUUUUUCAAUAUACAGUUAUAUUAAAAUAUAUAUAUUUAUAUUACUUA